AUGUUUUCAAUAGCCGGCCGUGUGGUUCGAAAGAACCAACAAUCUACAGUGAAGAAUGUUCCACGGCGUCAUUCCCCAAUUGAUCAGUUCGAGGAGGCCCUGCAGCGACGAGACUUUUCCAAGGCAACAACCAUUCUUGAGUUCUUCAAGAGUUCAGGGCAGAAGCUGGGCAAUCUUGACAUAAAUGCCUGGUUGGCGUAUUGUGCAUUUCACAUGAACGAUGUCGAGAAGGCGGUUGAGGUGUACAAAGAAAUUCUGACGUUGGAGGGAAGCGAUCCGAUCAAUUAUGUUUACCUCGGGUGUUGCUACUUCAUGCUAUCCAUGUACGAUGAGGCGGAGGAGAAUGCGCUGCGCGGAACGGAGUGCCCUCUCCGAAAUCGCCUGCUAUUCCACAUCGCGCAAAAAACCCACGACGAGGCGAAGCUGAUGUCGUAUCACAAUCAUCUGAAGAGCACCGUCGAGGAUCAACUCUCCCUCGCCGCCGCUCAAUACAAUCGCAACCAUUAUCAGCAAGCUAUUGACAUCUGCAAGCGCAUCCUGCAACAGAGUCCGGAGUACAUCGCCCUAAACGUUUACAUGGCUAUGUGCUACUACAAGAAUGACUACUACGAGGUGAGUCUUGAAAUAUUACAGAACUACCUCAAGUCCUACCCGAAUAGUGCCAUUGCUAUUAAUUUGAAAGCCUGCAAUCACUAUCGACUGUUCAACGGGAAGUCCGCGGAGUCGGAGCUGAAGACGCUCAUUGAUUUGUAUCAUUCCAUGUACAAUGUGGAGUCUGAUAUUAUUAAACACAACUUGGUGGUUUUCCGCGACGGUGAGAGCGCCCUUCAAGUUCUUCCACCCCUUUUGGAAGCGGGUAUCCCCGAAGCCCGUCUGAACUUGGUGAUUUACUACCUCCAUCAGGAUCAAAUCACCGAAGCGUAUGAUCUGAUCAAAGAUAUGACUCCGAUGACCUCGCAGGAGUAUAUUCUAAAGGCCGUAGUGAACUCCUACGUUGGGCAGCAACUCGAGUCGCAGGAGCAUCUCAAAAUCGGCAAAGAGUGCUUUCACUUUGUCGGAUCGGCGCAGAGUGAGUGCGAUACGAUCCCCGGUCGUCAAUGCAUGGCUUCAUACUUUUUCCUGAUUCGUGAUUUCAGUAAUGUGCUUAUUUACCUUCGCUCCAUUAAACCGUACUUUCUAAAGGAUGACACCUUUUUUUACUUGUACGGGAUUGCCUGCGCGGACGUGGGGAACUUCGAGGAGGCCGAGGAAUCUCUCAUCGCGGUGAAAUCCGAAAAAAUCAAGUCCGAGUUCAGCUACACAAGCUGGCUGGUUCGCUCGCAUAUCAUGAAUAAGCACGCCAAAAAGGCGUGGGAUAUUUACUUGAAGAUGGAGACGAGUGAAUCGAUUGGCAUUUUGCGCCUCAUGGCUAACGACUGCUACAAAACGAGUGCGUUUUACUAUGCCGCCAAGGCCUUUGACGUGCUUGAAAGGCUGGAUAGCGAUCCGGAGUACAUCGAGGGCAAAAAAGGAGCUUGCAUUGGCGUUUUCCAGCAAGUCUUCGCGAACGAGGAGAGCAGUGACGCAUUCUUUGAUGUCAUAAAAAUGCUUGAGACUAGUGUGCAGCAGCACGCCGACGAGCCUGCGAUCGCGCAGCAGUUCAAUUCGAUAGUGAUUGUAAUGAAGGAAUGGGCUAAGGAGUCGAAGAUCAAGCGGCGUUAA